GCAGCCGCAGUAGCGGACUGACGAGCGUACGCGCAACUCGCCACGAGUUUCGCGUCGGCGUCGUGCGUGCUUUCAAAUACAACCUUCGUUUAGUGCGGUAUUUGUUGCUUACCUGCCCAAAGUGCAUAACAUUCUACAAAAUGAAGUUCCACAUCAAAAUAUUUGAUUUGGUGCCAGCGCGAUUCAACAUCGCCCUAAUGAUGUUCUUCGCGUGCUGGGUCAACUACAUGAUGCGAGUAAACAUGAGCGUCAAUAUCAUCGCCAUGGUGCCUGAUGACAGUAACUCUACAUCAGUGAAGUCAGAAUGCGAGGCCAUAGUGACGGACGACAGCGCGCUGCUAGAUAAUACGAGCUCAACAAUGAUCACCAAGCGGCUGCUCCGCCAGCCGGACGGCGUGAUAACAUUUGAUUGGACGGCGCAGCAACAGGCCUAUGUGUUAUCGGGCUACUUUUGGGGAUACGCCAUCACUUGUUUGGUGGGAGGAACGGCGGCAGAACUAUGGGGCCCCAGGAAAGUAGUGUUCCUCACAAUGCUACUCAGCGCCCUUCUGACCACGCUGACCCCUCAAGCUGCAAGACUGCACUACCUGGUUCUCGUUGCGACUAGAUUCGUCAUGGGACUAGCCGCAGGUUUCCUGUUUCCCGCCCUCCACGCCCUAGUGGCGCACUGGGCGCCCCCUGCUGAGAAGGGCAAGUUUGUGAGCGCGCUGCUGGGCGGCGCGAUCGGCACAGUGGUCACCUGGUCGCUCACUGGACCACUUAUCGAAAACUUCGGCUGGGAUUACGCAUUUUACAUUCCAGGAGCCAUUGCCUUCGUUUGGUGUGUGGCGUGGUGGGCGCUAGUGUAUGACUCGCCCGUGCAGCACCCUCGCAUAUCCGACAAGGAAAAGAAGUACAUACUCGAAGCUAUCGGCGACAAAGUGCAGCAAAACUCACAUAAUAAGGUCGUACCCCCAUUCAAGAGCAUUCUCACCUCAUUCCCGUUCCUGGCGAUGGUGAUUCUUCACUACGGGAGCAACUGGGGCCUGUAUUUCGUGAUGACCGCUGCACCCAAGUUUGUGUCGAGCGCGCUGGGCUUCAACCUGACCUCCACGGGCACAUUGGCGUCGCUACCGUACCUCGCUAGAAUGAUCUUCUCAUUGGUCUUCGGAGCUAUUGGCGACAGAAUCGUGAAACAAAACGUGGUGUCCACAACGUUUAUGAGGAAGUUCUUCUGCCUGUUCUCCCAUGUGCUGCCAGGGCUCCUACUCAUAGGCCUUGGCUACACUGGAUGCGCGCCCGUCCUCUCUGUCGCACUCAUCACCUUCUCCAUGGGCUCGAACGGGGCGGCAACACUCACAAACCUGGUGAACCACCAGGACUUGGCUCCGAAUUUCGCAGGAACGUUGUAUGGAAUUGCGAACGGAAUCGGAAACACAGCUGGAUUCGUGACUCCGCUCGUCACGGCGCAUUUCACUAAGAGCGGGAACGGCUUCUCAGAAUGGCGGCCGGUGUUCAUGACCGGAGCAUCGCUUUACAUCGCUUCUGCACUUUACUUCAUCUUGUUCGGGACGGGAGAAACGCAGGAAUGGAACUAUGUGCCCGUAGUUGAAGAGGACGAGAGAGAUAAGAGGCCGAGCGCGAAUUCAACCGACACCACAGUUACUAUCCCUGUUAAAUCGUAGACUAUAGUUGAGAAUGUGACUUUCUUAGUGUUGUUAUGCAUUAUUCGUAAUGAGAGCAUAUCUGUAAGUAUUACAUACAGAGCAGAUGAUGACAUACUUAUAUAAAAUUUAAUAGAAUUUGAGGAUACUCUAGGGAAUAGCAAAAGAGUAUUAGGUACAUAUUGUGUACAACCGCCUCUGAGCUGCAUGUUAUAUAGUAAAUUGUUAACCGAGGAGUGAAAUGAUGCCUUUCACCCGAGUUAAACACUCUACUUAUCAUUUCGAAUACGAGGAAAGUAAAAUGCAUGUGUUUUUUAAAAACAUGAACUAAGUAUACAUUUUUAUAGUAUUUUUGAGGGUACUUUCAAUUAACAAUUUAGGCAAAAGUACCUAUCGUUAUUUAUGGAAUGAGGAGUCAAAUAUCUGAAUGGAAAUUGUAUAACAAAUCCAAUUAUACCCAAAUUUCAAUUGUUUAUCGAAAAAAAAUCGUACUUAGAACCUAAAAUGCAGAAACGUAUCAUUUUCUGCACACAUUUUAGAACAAUAAUGACCCUAUUUAAGAGCAUGAGAAAUGAAAAAUUAAUUUAUAAGAGCUUUCGCAGUAUGCCAACGAAAGUACGUAUUACUACUUGUUAUAUUUCCUUUCAGCUCUUGUUAUCAAUUAGGGAACAUAAACAAAUUGUCGUUUUUACUGGUUUGACACGAUAAAUAUAGGUACAGUCACCACACGGGAUUGUUAUUCCAUUUAGGGUUCUUGCCAAAUUGGAAGUUCUAUAGCGUAAGUAAACAAUCAAUUUAGCUAAAUAGGGCCCUAAAUGGCGCAACAAUCGCUGAGCGCGAUGGUACAUUUCGCCUAAUCUGGAUUAGCAAAAAAUUAAAUAAAAAAAAUAUAAUUUUGGUUAAAUUAUUUUGGUUUGAGUACUUACAUCUCAGAUAAUUGUAACAUACUAACCGAAUUAACCGAAACGACUCAAUGAAUCUACUAUUGAGUUAAAAAUGUGACAGAGGUACCCACUUAGUUGUAUGUUAUGUUGUAUUUGACUACUUUUAUACAGUACUUUGGUUGUCAUUAAAAAUAAAAACAGCUGCAAACAAUAGUCCGAGACCUCGAUUCUGAAAUAUUCGAGAUAGUAUAGGGUUGAUUUAGAAUUUAUCAUUUUAGCUUAGCUUCGUUUACAAUGUUGAGAGUAUUUAUGGUAAUGAGCAAGCAACUGGAUAGACUAUUAAGUACUUACACCUUUAAGUAUAAGAGAACUACAUAGGUAUAGGUACAUAUUAGACUUUAUUACUGGAGUUCAGAAAUAAAAAGCUAGAUGCGUGUAAGUAUUGAAAAAAAAAAUACAAUUACAUAUGUGUUUAAAAUAUUGUGUAAUUUAUUUCGUCGUCUUUAUUUAAUUAUUAAGUAUUUAUGACGAGCUGUUUUGGUCUUAGUUAUAUUUUUAUUUAAUAUAAAUUAUAAUAAAAAAAUGUACAUUUAUACAUAUUUUAAAAUGAAUGAAACACAAAAUUUUACUUAAAUGGAUAAAGUAGGGUUCAAGCAUGGUACCUACAAAAUGUAAGCUGAAUUUUUAUGUUAUGACUGUGGACAUAUUUAUACGACUGUGAUGAAUUAAGCUUGCACGUAAAUGUAAAUUAUUUUUUAAAUAAAUAUUAUUGACUUAAAA